AUGGGCUCUCUCUUUUUCACCGGAGGCUCAGAACCUAGUCCGGUCUCAUGCUGUCCGAUGGACAAGGCUUGGCCGCUCACCGCUGUACUUGUGGAUGCUCUCUUUACACUUGUUCUUUUGCUCCAUAUCACAGCGCCGAACGUUAUCGUGCGGUCCAGUUUGGGAAGAUUGCACGAGCAUACUCAACUAGGGGAAGAAAGUUCAGCAAGUCUGAUAUCCCGAUGGACCUUUUCCUGGGUAAACUCUGUGAUCUGGAAAGCGUUCAGAGAUCAGUUGAACACCUCCGACCUGUAUGCUCUCAACUGGAAUGACACGGCUUUGGUCACAAGUCGGCGAUUCCGAAAUGGCGCCUCUGCUACGCUUAAACUUCUCUGGAGAUUGUAUUACUUUGCAAAAUAUGACCUGCUCAAACAGGGCGCGUGGGCGGUCCUUUUUAGCCUAGUGAGCUUUUGCCCGGCGUUUUUCCUUCGCUUCCUCCUUGAUUACCUGGAAUCACCAAGUAUCACGUCUCGGAAUAGCGCUUGGCUCUGUGUUGCAGGGCUUCUUAUCGCCGGAAUAACGACUGGUAUUGCUGAAUGCCAGUGUGAAUGGCUGGGUCGCAAAAUUAGCGUAAGGCUACGGGCUACUCUCAUCGACGCUAUUUUCACCAAAGUACUAAAUAGAAGAGUCACGAAGCCUACAAAGGGAUCAGAAGAUCAAGGAAACUCCUCGCAGAAUACUAGUGCCACGGAUGGAAAUAUUCUCAAUUUGAUGGCCGUUGAUGCCGCCAGUGUCAGCGAAAUUGGUGCUCACAUGCACCUCGCAUGGGUAUUUUCCUCUCCAGAUUACGACUGCAUGUUUGGUGUUGUACAGCAUACUUGGGCUUAG